AUGUCAGACUACGAAGAUGAAAUGGACGUCGAUGGUCCUGCGCCAUCCAAGGACAUCACCUUCUCAUCUGACAACACAGCCAAGGGCAAGCGCAGCGCUGCCAACCUCCCAGUCGAAGCCGAGGACUCGUUACCAUGGGUAGAAAAGUACCGACCCGUAUCUCUGACCGACGUUUCUGGUCAUCAAGAUAUCCUCGCCACAAUCAACAAGUUUGUCGAUUCGAAUCGGUUGCCACAUCUGCUCCUCUACGGCCCGCCUGGUACCGGCAAGACCUCGACGAUUCUGGCCCUUGCCAGGCGCAUCUACGGCGAACAAAACAUGCGACAGAUGGUCCUAGAGCUCAACGCUUCCGACGACCGAGGUAUCGAUGUGGUGCGCGAGCAGAUCAAGACAUUUGCCUCGACAAAGCAGAUCUUCACAGUGGGCGCAUCCGCAAGGCCGGGUGGCAUGGCUAGUUACAAGCUCAUUAUCCUCGACGAGGCCGAUGCCAUGACCAACACGGCACAAAUGGCGCUGCGUCGCAUCAUGGAAAAGUACACGGCCAACACGCGGUUCUGCAUCAUUGCCAACUACACACACAAGCUGUCACCGGCGCUGCUCUCGAGAUGUACCCGGUUCAGGUUCAGCCCGCUAAAGGAGGCUGAUAUUAGGGUCUUGGUGGACAAGGUCAUCAUGGAGGAAGAUAUCAAAAUCACGAGCGAUGCCACGGAUGCUCUCGUGAAACUGAGCAAGGGUGACAUGCGAAGAGCGCUCAAUGUGCUGCAAGCUUGCCAUGCAUCCAGCACUCCUCUGCAACCCAAGGACGGACCCAAGAUUGCCGAAAAGGACAUUGUUCGGGACACCAUUACCAUACAAACCAUAUACAACUGUAUCGCAGCACCGCCGCCCGACGCCAUCCAAAAGAUUGCCGAGACUUUACUCAGUACCAGCGAUGUGUCGAGCUGUCUAUCUACCAUCAAUACCCUCAAAGUGGCAAAUGGAUUGGCACUGGCGGAUAUCAUUACGGCUCUUUCCGAGAUUCUCACAACCAUGGACGUCAAGCCCGAAGCCAUGAUUCGGUGGUUAGAUGGUUUGGCCGAGAUCGAAUACCGCAUGGCUGGUGGAGGCAGCGAGGCUAUACAAACGGGAGCAGUCGUGGGAGUCGUUCGAGAAGGCUGUGAGCUUAUAGGGUGA